AACCUCAACCCAGCAAGUUAUCAUAAUAGAGUCUGCAGAUGCAGAGGCUGCAGGUUCUGGUGUCAAGCUGGAGAGGUCUGAAAGAGAGGAGGACGCAUGGUACAGCAGAGACACCCAGACUCGGGCGGCUGUAGAGCCCCAUGUAGCCACAAAGGGCCCCCCCACCAUCGCCCCAGCACCGCCCAGGACCCGACACAGAAUCACGGAGGUCAGUGGAACGCAGAACGCCGUCCUCAAGUCAGAGACAGACACGGAUACUUUAACUGUAACACACAGGCUCUUACGCACAGGAUCUGACCACAGAUCAGACCCAGAAAGACUGGGGCUGGGGAGACUGGGCUGUCCUCCUGCUUCUGGCUCAGAGUAUUUACUUCACGAUAACCCAAGCCCGAGGACUGUUCAUUCCCUUCGGGACUCAGGUGACGCAUUAGAGACUGACAAUGAUCUGUCUUGUUCUUACACUACAGAGAUGGACCCUGGCAUCAUGCCCUUGGGCUUAGAGACACUCACUGAUCCGUCCAGAGGGGACUGGAACCGGUACAGUAGUAGUGUAUGCUCUGAAGGGUGCCUAGAUAAGAAAGAGGAAGGUCUGGUUGUAGAUGAAGUGACUGUGAAAGUGGAGGGUGAUGUUCCUCCCACAUGGAAUGCAGAUAAUCACCUAGGAGACAGACACUCACAGGGCAGAGAUUUCUUAGAUUACAGGGAAAGCUUAGAGACAAAUCCAAAUGUCACGACCCACUCUCCUUUACACACAGUCAGGGAUCGCGAGUCAGUGUCCACGUCGAUGGGACCUUCCAAUUCACAGGACGGCGUUCUUUUCGAUCAGUUAUUGAACUCAAAGGGCCAAAAGGCCAAGGCACGGGGUAGAGGAGCAACAUCAGGCAAAAGUAAAGAGAAACGGUUCCUAUGCAUGUUCUGUAACAAAGGCUUCAGCUGCCCCCAGAAGGUGGAGAUCCACCAGAGGGUCCACACAGGGGAGAAACCCUUUGGCUGUACCCAGUGUCAUAUGCGCUUCGCUGAGGCUGGCAACCUGAAGAAGCACCAGAGGGUCCACACAGGGGAGAAACCCUUUGGCUGUACCCAGUGUCACAUGCGCUUCGCCCAGGCUGGUCACCUGAAGAGACACCAGAGGGUCCACACAGGGGAGAAAUAAUACAGCUGACCCCAGUGUGAGAACAGAUUCUCCUGCCAGCACCAGCUGAAGAUGCACCUGAAGGGUCAAACGGGCGAAAGGCGGUUCGCCUGUACGCACUGUGGGAAGAGGUUGUCAGAGAGGAGCUACCUCAGAAUACACUAGCAGAAAAAACAUUCCACUCCAUAGCUUCUGAUGUUUAGAUCAAACACUGCAUUAAAGACAAAGAUUCAUUUUCAUUAUUUUCAGCAGAAAAUAUCAUUUGGAAUAACCAAAGUAACAGAUUUCAGUGUUGAAUAUUUUUGGGUAGAAUAUUGCAUCCAGACAUGUGUGAUAUACACUGAAAGUACAAAACAUUAAGGACACCUGCACUUUCCAUGACAGACUGACCAGGUGAAAGCUUUGAUCCCUUAUUGAUGUCACUUUUUAAAUCCACUUC